AGCGACACCGAGGGAGAUGGAGAACGUGGAGGACCGGGUGCCAAGGAGAAGAAGAGGCUGCGUUGUGACUACUCGCACGCCAUCUUGCGCGAUGGCAAGAAACGCCGCGUGUCGACGCGCACCAAGACUCGCCAUUCGGCGCUGGCGAAACUGGUGUCACCGAUCUCGAACACGGUCGAGCGACUGUUCUUGACGUGCAAGUUGAUCAUGACGCCGCAACGCAGCUGCAUGUUGCCGGCGAACUUCGAGAUGAUCGCCUUCUUGCGCGUCAAUCGCGAAAUGUGGAACGCGUCGACUCUCAUUGAAAAGGAAGAGUAGGUAGGCGGUACGAUCAUUGCUGACUGCAAUACAUUGUUAUUGGCCC